GUGAGUCAGCAAUCACCUGACCCACAGUGUGGUAGGGUUUUCGCUUAGCGAAGCCACUUUCAAUUGUUCGACUCUUGACACUGCGACAAUCAACACGACAGCGGACGACAGCCAUGGCCCCUACUACCAAGCAAGGCACCGCCGGCAAGGCUAAUGCUGCCGCCAAGGCAGUCGUGAAGGGAAACUCCCUUCACAAGUCCCGUAAGGUCCGCACCUCGACCACCUUCCACCGCCCCAAGACCCUCCAGCUCUCGCGGUCCCCCAAGUACCCCCGUGUGUCGAUCCCCCACCAGCCCGUCCUCGACGCCCACAAGAUCGUUCUCUACCCCCUCAACACUGAGAGCGCCAUGAAGAAGAUCGAGGAGAACAACACUCUCGUCUUCAUCGUCGACGUCAAGGCCAACAAGCGCCAGAUCAAGGCUGCUCUUAAGAAGCUGUACGAUGUUGACACCCUCAAGGUCAACACCCUGGUCCGCCCCGACGGCUCCAAGAAGGCUUUCGCCCGUUUGACUGCUGACGUUGAUGCUCUCGACAUCGCCGCCACCAAGCUGGCUAUCGUCUAAGGGCGAUAAAUGGGAUUUCUUUGGGUUUGGGCGAACUUUGUUUUCCACCGCGGUGAUUCUCUAUACCAGCCAGUUCCCUUGGCUGUGUGUGCAGCAACGAGGGCUGAAUGAUUAAAAAAGAACUUUCUGACACGA